AUGGGAGAAACACGCAACAGCAAUGCCCGAAUCACUUAUUCAAACUCUCAGGACAACUGGCUCCUCAAAACGUUGCAGUACAUGAAGUCCGACCCAGAGAUUUUAGAGGAGUUAAUCAACCACGACGUCGCAAUCGUGGAAGGAGACAUAAUAAUGUCGUCUGACAGGAAUGCAGUGGUUAACAAAUGGCCAGAGUUGGAUGGACACGUGUCAGUACCAUAUCGCAUCAGCUCAGAUAUAGUGAAGAAGACUCAUGAUAUCCUGUCAGCCAUGAAAAUGGUGUCGGAGCACACCUGUGUGUCCUUCCACAGUCGAACCACAGAACCCAACUACAUGUACUUCAAAAACGGCAAGGGUUGUGCAUCACAUGUGGGCUGCAUUGGUGGAGCACAGCCUCUGUUUAUUGGGCCAGCUUGCAUGAUGGGCAAUAUCUGUCAUGAAAUUCUUCAUGCUCUGGGCUUCCACCAUGAACACACAAGGAUGGACCGUGAAAAAUACAUUACAAUUAUUCCUCAUAACAUUAUGGAAGGCAUGGAGAAAAACUUCGGAGUGAAAAAUGGUAACACAUUUCAGCUUCCUUAUGACCUUACAUCUAUCCUGCAUUAUGGAAGUGAUUUUUUCUCGGCAACCGGCUUGCCCACCAUUGUAGCCACCAAAAAUGAGCCAGCUAUGGGACAGAGAACGCACAUGACAAAGCUGGAUAUACAAAGGGUCCACAACCUGUACAACUGUGAUUAG